GCACGCAGUGGGUGAAAUAGCGCGUAGUCUGGUGGUUAUUAAAGGGUUUCUGUUUAACUAGCUAACAUGCAGUGUAUAUAUCACAGGUGUGUGGCGUAUCUGCGUGCUGUGCGAGUGGACUAGCUAGGCUAAGCUCGCGGUGCGUUCACUGCCCUCGUUCAUAGUGACGGUCGCUAUGUGGAGGCACCCGGUGGGGUCGGCGUUGGGGAAAGCAAAGGUCUUCCACGGGGUUCGCAGCGCAGCUCAGUCUGUCCGAACCAGACUGAGCGGGUCCUGUUGCGGUGUUUCGGGGAAGACGUGGAUCAGACCCGCCGGGUUUGACACGGGUUUGAAGACUUUCAACAGCCUGACCAAACAGCAAGAACCUCUCAUUCUGGCAAGAGAGGGGGUAGCUACCUGGUACAGCUGUGGACCCACCGUGUACGACCAUGCCCACCUGGGUCACGCAUGCUCGUACGUCAGGUUCGACAUCCUGCAGAGGAUUCUGACCAAGCUGUUUGGGAUCACCGUCAUCCACGCCAUGGUCAUCACGGACAUCGACGACAAAAUCAUCAAACGGAGUUGGGAGGAGAACGUUUCCCCAUCCAUCAUAUCUUCAACGUAUGAGGAUGAAUUCAAGAAGGAUAUGUUGUCAUUAAAGGUGAUUCCUCCCGCAGUGUAUCUGAGAGUCACGGACAAUGUGCAUCAUAUUGUUGCGUUCAUCGAGAGGAUCGUUCAAAAUGGACACGCCUAUGCCACAAAAGAAGGUGAUGUGUUUUUCGACAUCCGGUCCAUCGGUGAUCGUUACGGCAAGUUUGGUGGAGCUUCAGACUCUCAGGGAGAACCUGGUAACGCAAAUAAACGAGACGCAAGGGAUUUUGCUCUUUGGAAGCCAUCCAAACCUCAGGAACCAUACUGGGAGUCUCCGUGGGGCAGGGGAAGACCUGGCUGGCAUAUCGAAUGCUCUACAAUUGCGAGCUCGGUGUUUGGGAGUCAGCUGGAUAUCCACUCUGGAGGCAUUGACCUGGCAUUUCCUCACCAUGAGAACGAGGUUGCUCAGAGUGAAGCCUAUCACCAGUGUGGCCAGUGGGCAAACUACUUCCUCCACUCAGGGCACUUACACCUGAAAGGAAGCGCAGAGAAAAUGUCCAAAUCUCUAAAGAACUACAUUACCAUCAAGGAUUUCCUGCAGUCUUACUCUGCCAAUGAAUUCAGGAUGUUUUGCCUUUUGGCCAGAUACAGAUCAGCUAUUGACUACAGCGACAACAGCAUGUUGGAGGCUCGGACCUCUCUGGGAACCAUCUCCACCUUCAUCCACGACGCUCAGGCCUACAUGAAGGGUCAGCUGCAGUGUUCGCCUGUACAGGAAGCUUUUCUCUGGGAGAGAUUGGCCGAGACUAAAUCCAGCGUGGUGAAAGCACUGGCAGAAGACUUUAACACCCCGCAAGCCGUCAGUGCUUUGAUGAAUAUGGUGUACCAUGCAAACUGUCAGCUCCAGCCCGUGUCUAAGUCUUGCGGAGCGGCCCGGAGUCCUGCGGUGUUUGCAGCGAUGAUCAGCUACGUCCGAGACGUCCUGGAUGUGUUCGGGAUCGAGCUGCUGCACAGUGAGGAGGCCGGUGGGGUGGGUCACGGUGGAAGCCUGGAGGGUGUGGUGGAGCAGCUGACUCGUUUCAGAAGCGAAGUUCGAGAGUUCGCACUCGCUCGCCAAGACGCUCCAACCGGUGGAUCCACCAGCAAACCUGGACUUUACAAAGAAAGAUUACCUCUCCUCAAAGCCUGUGACACCCUCAGAGAUAGCCUGGCACCUUUUGGUGUGCUUAUAAAGGAUAGAGGAGCGACCUCGACGUGGGAGAUAACUCAGGGGAAACGAGGCGAGAGGGGACAGAGCGUCCAGAAUAAAGACCAGGAGACGUCCAGCUGAGAUCUGCUCCAGCCUCUGAGAUUAACUCUUAAUUUUAAACUUGAGGACUCAAUUACACUUUGUCAAUGGAGAGACUUUAGGAAAACAAGAGACCAAAUCAUCUUGAAACCAACUGCCUGAUGUGCCUGUCGUCAGCGUAUGAACUCUCAUAUUCCUUGUUCCAUAAAUCAGAGGUUGGCAUGUUGAAGAUUGAAGAUGAGCUGAAUUGUAAUUAUGGAGUACAAGAUUGUAUAAUUCACUUUAGCUGUGCUUCACCAAGCUACAUACACUCAGAAAAUAUACAGACUAAUUAUUGUUUGAUAAUAAAAUAGUAUGUCAGAAUAAAACAAAUGAAUUAUCCAUGAUGGUGUGCUGGA